AUGGUUGGGACUCCAAGGUCUUGCACCUCUUGCCGGCAGGCCAAGGUAGCUUGCGAUGCGCGUAGGAAGACUGGCGAUGCGCCGUGCACACGCUGCGCUAAGAACCAGCUUGAAUGCCGAUUCGACAAGAACUUCAAGAGAAUCCUUACCCGCAAGCUCACCGCAAGCCUCACGAACGAGCUCCAUCAAUUGCGCACCUCGCAAGAGAGCUCUGGGUUGAGGCAGAGACGACGGUCACCAUUGCAAAUGCAAUUGCAGCGCUCGCAGCCAGAACCAUGCUUAUCAAUCCACCUCCCGUUCCUAUACACGAAUCUCACGGAACCUCUGCCCGACUUUUCCAUAGAGAAUCUCACCGUUCCCGCAAGAGCCGCAGUUGAGUUGAUACAACACUUCGGAGACCAGUAUCACCCUUAUGCUCAAUUCAUUCAACCCAUCGAAUCGCUGGCGCACUUCUACACUUCAUCCCCGCUGCUCUUCUGGACUAUUAUCUUGAUUGCAUCGCACUACCAUAUAGAGCAUAGUAGCUUAUACGAUAAAUUACUUUUGCCACACGAGAAACUUCUGAGGCCGUUCGUAAACACCGCUGUCCAGUCAAUUCAUGAGAUCCAUGCGCUUCUUUUAUUGUGCAUUUGGCCAAUAUCGAGGCGGGUGGAGGAAUCGAAUCCCACUUGGAACCAUAUUGGUCUUGCUGUAAAUGCCUGCAUGCGGUUGGACUUGAACAGAACGGCGCCGGCGCCGCCAGUUCCCAUCUGGCCACGAUCGAGCACCAGGCCCGAAGAUGUCAACAUACAGACACGGAGACUAACAUGGUUAGCAUGCCUUGCCAUCAGUUCACUAGAGGCUACAUUCCUGGGCCUUCUCCCGCCCCUGUCUAGCCGUCCCCAUCUCAAACGCAGCCGGAAGGCUGUGGCCGCGCUGGAAGGUCACCUGCCACCUGGCGCGAGGCCCAAGCUUGCCAUAAACGAGAUUAUUUGUAACUACACACUAGCCCUGGAAGAGAUUGACGGCUCGUCGGCGCAACCUUCCCUCGUGGAGACAUUUAGCCGCUCCCUCGAUAUGAUCAGACAGACCUACUCAACGGAAUGGAGCACCGAUGUCGACGUGAUCUCACAAUAUGCGGAGUUCACUCUGAAUGCAACGGCCCUCGUGCGAAUGUUGGAGGAAGACGAGGAAGGAUCUUGUCUGCAGUUUACCGAGGCACAGACGCUCAUUAUUCAAGGCACGGAAGCUGCCUGGCGUGCGAUCGGUGACGUGAAGACGAUGAUUCGCGAUGCUCUAGACCCCGAAAAGCAAGCGCCUGGUGUGACCAUGCCUAUGUGCUAUCCGAGAUUCUACUUCGCGGUAGUGUUCUUCGCGGCCAUUUUCAUUUUCCGGACGUCGUAUAUGCGGCCAACCACAAGUCGCGAGGCCACCGUCGAAGCGCUGGUUGAGGUCUAUAACAUGUACAGGCUCUUCCCACAUCACACCGAAAUGAAGACCGGGUUAGAUGUAAUCCAACAUCUCAUCUGCCUCGCGAAUUUAGACGAAUCUCCAUAUGUAUCUUCACCUAUUGGUGGGCUGACUACCAUUAACCGCCUCGGUGCUUCCAUAGUCUGGGACACCAUGGUGCAUCUCAAUCAGCAUCGCGGCGAAAGGCUUGGUAAACAAUCGGACCAGGCGCCUCCGGAACCACGAAUAUUACCUAGUGAUGCUGCAGCCGGCCCUUCCGCUGUUAUGCAGACUACAAUGGGCAACGACACCAUGGGAGAAAUACAAGGAUUGCAACUACAAGAUGCUAUUGAUAUUGACUGGACAGCCAUGAACCUACCCCUACCCAUUUUCGAUAUAUUCGGCCUGGAAGCUGGGGAGCAUAUCACAUGGUAACACGGUUAUAAGUGGUUCGGAAAACAAGGAGACUCUAUAUCACUCUAGUGUCGGUCGGGCCUGGUCGGGACUAUAAGCAGAGCGUAUCUAAUGCCUGUCGAAUGACUAAGGAUGUACUAAAGUUGGCGUUUUAUUGACAUUUGACCAGGCAAGGAAAUUGGUAGAAUUUUAAGUUUUGAAUCAAUAUUAAAUUAUCGGGCGGA